GUUAAUGCUGUCCAUUCUUCUAUCAUACCGCCCUCUGCAAAGAAGAGGUAGGAAACAACUUCCGCGGCAGCUUUUGUAUGUCCACCAUGGCAACCAUGUGGUUGUCACUGGCAGUCACGACGGCCAUUGUCGCAGUUUGGUUGUAUCGGGUCAACCGCGCAUUCCGAGCUGUCCCAGAAGAAGCUGCCAGGGCCUCACCCCGUCGUUGGACCAAGAAUGAGCUUCGCGAAACCUACGAGCGCCUGAAGAAGAAACCGCUCGACUUUACCAAGAACAUCCCGCCACGCUUAGACCGGCGCUACAUUGUCGUUGGCGGGUCAGGCCUCGUGGGCGGUGAUCUUGUCUUGCAAUUGCUCCGCCGAGGGCAGACCCCCGAAAGCAUCCGUAUUGUCGACUUUGUGCCACUGAAUCGGUCGGAUAUGCUCAACGUGGCAGCCGGCUGUGACUAUGUGAAAGCCGACAUCGCGUCUCGAUCGUCCGUAGAAGAAGCCUUCAGCAAGCCAUGGCCCAAGUCUGUCGCUGAGAAUCCCCUAACAGUAUUCCACAUUGCCGCCCUCGUAAGGCCACAGGAGCGGAGCCCUCUCAUCUAUGACCGAAUCAGCCGCAUAAACCGGGAUGGCGCUGUGAACGUCAUGGAAGCCGCGCGGGCUGCCGGUGCCGACAUUUUUAUUGCCACCUCAUCUGCCUCCGUUGGUAUCGUCCCGCCGAACUUUUGGAUUUGGCCAUGGCAAAGCACGCCGGACAGGUACUUGCAAGUCGUGACCGAGAAAGACUUUGAUGCACCGCUGCGUGCCCCCCAUCUCUUCUUCUCGAACUACGCCCGUUCCAAGGCCGAAAUGGAACGCGCCGUCUGCGGCGCCAACCAGGAGGGCUUCCGCACCGGCACCAUCCGCCCAGGCAACCCCAUCUACGGCCAAAAGACCGACCCCGUUCUUGGAAUCUGCCUGCGCCAGGGGGGCUCCGCAUCAUGGAUUCCCCACGUAGUACAGAACUGGGUCAACUCCCGCAACGUCUCCCUUGCCCACCUCCAGUUCGAAGCCGCCCUUGCCAAGACGGAUCAACCCAUGCCCCGCUGCGCGGGACGGACCUUCAUUGUGACCGACCUGGGCCCGCCCAUCACUUUUGCCGAUGCCUAUGCCGCCAUGGCCGAGCUGUCCGUCACGCCGACCUCGGUGACGAUCGUGCAGGCCCUGCCGCUGCUGCUGAUGGCCCAUAUAGUCGAGGCUUGGUGUCUGCUGCUGGCCCGCUUCCCCUUCCUGACUAAGUGGCUGGGCUGGCGCGAGCCGUCGGGCCAGGUGCACUUCCUCCAGCCGUCCGUCUUUAGCGUGUCGAUCCACACCAUCGUCGACGACAGCCUCGCUAGGAAGCCGGUCGAGCAGGGCGGGAUCGGGUACAAGGGCGUCUGUACCACCCUCGAAGGCGUGUGCCAGCAGCUGGUGGAGUGGAACAUGGAGCAAGAGCAUGAGCGGAUCACCGGGCAGGGGAAGUUGGGCAAGGCGGCGAUGACGGUCAAGGGUGUUGCUGCGUGAGGCGGGUUUCUUGGUCUCUGAGAUGCUUUGUUUAAGGGGUGCCGAGGGACUGGCUGUGGCUUGAUAAGCGGAGACGGCUGGUUCAGCGUCGCAUUUGUGAGAGGCGAUUUGUGGGCCGAGUUGUCGUGUGAUAUGUCAUAUGCGCAGGGAGUUCGCAACCUGGGUGGAUGCGUCUGUUUGUCUCGAGACCUCUUAGAUCCUCCGCUGUAGGACGGCUGAUCCCCUACUGUCCACACUUGUGAACCAUCAUAUGUGAGAUCAAGACAGGCGAGCGACGGACAAGCGAUUAUACCGCAAUCUCGCGAACGAAUCGCGCCACCACCGGAAAAGACGCU